AUGGCCGGUGGUGUAAUGAUACAAAGCGACGGCAAGCAAUACGCCGGAAAAAUCACGUGGUUCGUUCUGCUUUCUUGCAUGGUUGCAUCCUCCGGCGGAAUCAUUUUCGGCUACGAUGUCGGAGUUUCAGGUGGAGUUUCCUCUAUGGACCCGUUUUUGAAGAAGUUCUUCUCCGGCGUAUACAAGAAGAUGAAAAGCGAUACAGAGAUAAGCAACUACUGCAAAUUCGACAGCCAGUUACUGACUUCCUUCACGUCCUCACUCUACGUAGCCGGUCUCAUAUCGUCCUUCUUUGCGGCUGUCGUGACUCGGGAUUAUGGCCGGAGGCCGUCGAUCAUCGUCGGAGGGCUCGCAUACAUGACCGGAGCGGCUCUCGGAGGCGUGUCGGCCAACAUUUACAUGUUGAUAAUUGGCCGUGUUUUGCUUGGCGUUGGCCUUGGCUUUACCAAUCAGUCGGUCCCUCUCUACCUAUCAGAAAUGGCGCCUUCUCGAUACAGAGGCGCCUUCAACGUGGCCUUCCAAAUCUGCGUCAGCAUCGGCUACAACUCCGCCACACUCAUCAACUACGGCACCGUCCGCAUCGCCGGCGGCUGGGGCUGGCGGAUCUCCAUUGCCAUGGCCGGUGUCCCGGCCGCCAUCCUCGCCAUCGGCGCCCUCUUCCUCCCGGAAACCCCCAAUAGCCUCGUCCAGAACCAUCCGGACGACCCCACCAGGGCCCGUGCAGUUCUCCGCAAGAUCCGCGGCACAGACGAUGUACACGACGAGCUCAACGACCUUGUCGACGCCAGCCGCGCCUCCAAGGCCGUCAAGCACCCGUUCCGCAACCUGAUGCGGCGACGCUACCGUCCCCAGCUGGUGAUGUCCCUCCUCAUCCCCUUUUUCCAGCAGAUUACAGGGAUAAACAUCAUAGCCUUCUACGCACCGAUUCUGUUCCUAACCAUUGGCGCCAAAGAGAACGCGUCGCUGCUGGCGGCGACGGUGACCGGAGUCGUGGCGUCGACGUUCACCAUCAUCACCGUGGUGCUCGUAGAUAAGGUCGGGCGGCGGCCGCUGUUCCACUUCGGAGGGGUGCAGAUGCUGGCGUCGAUGCUGCUUGUGGGGGGGAUAAUGGCAGCGAAGCUGGGGGACCACGGCGGGAUGGACAGGGGAUGGGCGGCGGCGGUGCUGGUGUUGAUUUGCGUGUUUAUGUCCGGAUUCGGGCUGUCGUGGGGCCCGCUAGGGUGGGUGGUGACGAGCGAGAUAUUCCCGCUGGAGAUAAGGUCGGCGGCGCAGAGCGUGGUGGUGGCGGUGAACCUGACGAUGACGUUCUUGAUAGCGCAGGUGUUUCUGGCGAUGCUCUGCCGCCUGAAAUCCGCGAUUUUCUUUUUCUUCGCGGCGUGGGUGUUUGUGAUGGCGGUGUUCGUGUACUUUUUGCUGCCGGAGACGAAGGGUAUUCCGAUAGAGAAGAUGGAGAAGGUGUGGGCGGAACAUUUUUUCUGGCGGAGGUUUGUGGCGGAGGGCGGCGGCGAGUGGAGGGAGGAAGGAAAGGUUGUUGAGGCUUGA